AUGACGACGCAACCAGAAGUUGGUGUGUCCGACUUCGUCCUGCUGGACAAUUUGACUACAGACAAGUUUAUCGAAAAUUUGCAAUUGAGAUUUCAAAACAAUAAAAUCUACACAUACAUCGGUGAAGUGCUGGUCUCCGUGAACCCUUACAAAAACCUAGAUAUCUAUGGCCAACAACACAUGGCGCAGUACAGGGGGCGGGAGAUGUUCGAAGUCCCCCCACACGUGUACGCGGUGGCUGAUGCGUGCCAGAGGGUGCUACGACAACAGGGCAGAGACACAUGCGUCCUCAUAUCAGGCGAAUCGGGCGCGGGGAAGACGGAAGCGUCGAAGUUCAUUAUGAAAUAUAUAGCCGCGAACACUAUGCAAGUGCAUAGAGAAUAUAUCGACAGAGUAAAAAACGUUCUAAUACAGUCAAAUUCUAUCUUGGAAACGUUUGGAAACGCGAAAACGAAUCGUAACGACAACUCGUCACGUUUCGGCAAGUAUAUGGACAUACACUUCGACUACAAAGGAGAUCCCAUCGGAGGACACAUCAGUAAUUAUCUAUUGGAGAAGAGUCGAGUUGUAAAUCUUCAGCCUGGUGAAAGGAACUUUCAUUCAUUUUAUCAGCUCCUAAGCACAAAUAACGCACACAUCAAGAAGUAUGGCCUAAACUCUACUUCAGUGUACAAAAUAUUGGGUAACGAGCGACCAACGGGACAGGAUUCUAAGCUUUACAGCGUAACAAAUAGUGCCUUUAAUGCUUUGGGCUUUGCUCCAUCAGUGGUUGACGAUAUAUGGAGUAUCGUGGCUGGAGUCAUUUUGUUGGGUGAACUGACGUUCACAGAAACCCAGGACGGCCACCUGUCCAUCGGCGGCCCCCUGAAGCAGUGCGUGAGCGCGCUGGGCGUGACGGAGGAGGCGCUGCGCGCGGCGAUGGCGGGCCGCGUGCUGGCGGCGGGCGGCGACCUCGUCAGCAAGGCGCACUCGCUGGCCGACGCGCACCACACGCGCCUGGCGCUGGCCAAGGCGGCCUACGACAGGCUCUUCACGUGGAUUGUGGAACAGAUUAACAAAGCGAUAGAGGCGCCACAAAGCUCGUACAAGAGCUCUCUCAUUGGCGUGCUGGAUAUAUAUGGGUUUGAAAUCUUCGACACGAACAGCUUUGAGCAGUUCUGCAUAAACUACUGCAAUGAAAAACUUCAACAACUUUUUAUUGAGCUGGUGCUGAAGCAGGAGCAGGAGGAGUACGCGCGCGAGGGCAUCCAGUGGACGCCGGUGGAGUACUUCAACAACCGCGUGAUCUGCGAGCUGGUGGACGCGCCGCACCAGGGCAUCAUCGCCAUCAUGGACGAGGCCUGCCUCAACCCCACCAAGAUAACAGAUACGCAACUGUUAGAGGCCAUGGACAAGCGCCUCAGCGGGCACAAGCACUACACGUCGCGCCAGCUCUCGCCCACCGACAAGAAACUCAAGCAUGGCGUUGAUUUCAGAAUUACGCACUACGCGGGCGCCGUGACGUACGCCGUGACGGGGUUCGUGGACAAGAACCGCGACGCGCUGUGGCAGGACCUCAAGCGCCUGCUGCGCGCCUCGCGCACGCGCGCGCUCGCCGCCAUGUGGCCCGAGGGCGCCGACCACAUACUGAAGACGUCGAAGCGGCCGCCGUCCGCGGCGACGCUGUUCCGCAGCAGCAUGGCGGCGCUGGCGGCCGGCCUCGCCAGCAAGGAGCCCUUCUACGUGCGCUGCGUCAAGCCCAACCCCGCGCAGGCGCCCGCGCUCUGGGACGACGACCUCGUGCGGCACCAGGUGGCGUACCUGGGGCUGGUGGAGAACGUGCGCGUGCGGCGCGCGGGCUUCGCGUCGCGCCAGCGCUACGACCGCUUCCUGCAGCGCUACAAGAUGCUGUCGCAGUACACGUGGCCCAACUUCCGCGGCGCCGGCGCGCGCGACGCCGUGCUCGUGCUGCUGCGCGACCUGCGCCUCGCAGACGUGCAGUUCGGGCACACCAAGCUCUUCAUACGGAGUGCGAAAACGAUCCACUCGCUGGAGGUGGCGCGCGCGGAGCUCAUCCCGUCCAUCGUGGUGCUGCUGCAGAAGCUGUGGCGCGGUGCGCUCGCGCGCGCGCGCUACCGCAAGAUGAAGGCGGCCAUCGUCAUAUACAAUGCUUGGAAGCGCUACCGCUUCCGUCGUUACAUAUCAGAGCUCCAGCAGCAACUGCAGAAGAACCGCGGCGUGAUCGCACACUGGCCGCCGGCGCCGCGCCGCGUGGCCGCGACCAUCCUGCAGGGCGCGUACCGGCGCUGGCGCGCGCACGUCACGCUGCGCGGCGUGCCGCGCGACCAGUGGCCGCAGCUGCAGCUCAAGGUGGCGGCGGCCGGAGCACUGCGCGGCCGGCGCCCGGCCUGGGGCGCCGCGCGGCACUGGCAGGGCGACUACUUGGCGGACAACUCGUACAAUGAUAGGGCCGCACAAUACCAGUCGACAAUGGCCAACCUGCACAGAUCCCAGAACAUGGGCAAAGCGCUGUUCUCGUGCAAAGUGCACAAAUUCAACCGAUACAACAAGCUCGCGGAGAGGUGUCUCCUCAUCACUGAAAACGCCAUAUACAAGUUGGACGCGAGCUCCUUCAAACCCCUUAAGAAACCUACGCCUAUUACUGAGGUGGGCGCGGUGCGCGUGAUGAGCAGCGCGGCGCAGCUGGCGGUGAUCAGCGUGCCGUCGGCGCGCAACGACCUGGUGCUGGGCGUGCAGCCGCCGCGCGGCGCCGAGCUGCUGGGCGAGCUGCUGGGCGUGCUCGCGCACCGCUACCACGUAUUAACCGGAUCAGAGCUAACGGUGGAGGUGGAGAGCGGCGCGACCACGCGCUGCACGCUCGGGGGCAAGAGCCGCGCGCUGCAGCUGCCCGCGCCCGCCGCGCCCGCCGCGCCCGCGCUGCCCGCCUUCACGCACGCGCACAACGUCAUCACCUACCACCCCGCGUCGGCGCGCGCG